AUGGGAGCGAUAGUGAGGCUCGCCAACCAACGCACUACACUACUAUUUAUUCUCGUGGCCUCUACCGUCUCGUUUGGCGAUGCGAACACCGGCUUCCAGGCUGGCAUCAUCAACGGCAACGUGGAUGCUGCGUUCUACCUGCCACCUACCUUCAGUUUUCACGAUGUCUUAUCGAUCGACGAUCCGGAACUUCUUGCUUUCAUCCCUCGACCGGCUCUUGCUCUAGUGCUCGUUUUCCCAACAACCACUACAUACGAGAAACACAAGAAGGAUGAGGAAGAAACGAUGGAAGAUUAUGCGAAGAGCGGGUUGCAAGAGGAGGUCAUCUGGUACAAGCAGACUAUAAACAAUGCCUGUGGGCUUUACGGCAUUUUGCAUGCAGUGAGCAAUGGAGAUGCGAGAGACUUUGCCGUUCAAGGCUCACACCUGCACCAUCUCCUCGAGAAGUGCGAACCUCUGGGACCUUUCGAUCGAGCAAAUGUUCUUGAAAAUGAUACGGAACUCGAAUCAGCUUACAGGGAAGUUGCUACACAAGGGUCUUCACAAGUGCCUGCAAAUGCCGAAGACGAAGUCGAUUUCCACUAUGUUUGCUUCGUCAAGUCCAAUGAAAAUGGACAUCUCUAUGAGCUUGACGGUGAUCGAAAAGGUCCAAAAGAUAGGGGUCCCUUGGAGCCAGACGAAGAUGUGCUUUCAGAUGGUGGACGGAAAGUAAUCAAGGAGUUCAUUGAGAGGGAGCAGGGACAGAAUACGAAUUUCAGUCUGUUGGCUUUGGCUCCAACAUAA